AGGUGAAUAGCACAUGUUAAGAGGUUUAUCAGCUCUAGAGACAAAUGUUAUUUUCAAAGUUACUGUUGCCUGUGCAAUGGUUGAUUAGUUUAUCCCAUCAAAAGCAACCCUAUUUUCUUGUAUUAUUGUAGGAUCAGGUGACGUGUGCCUUGUACCUGUCGAACUUCCCCUUCAGACUCGGAAUCUACUUCCACAAUCCACCUCAUCCAAACGAUCUUAUCAAAGUGCUCUACAUAUUAACACAUCAGCAACUGUUUCCAGAAAAGUUCUAUCGCCACCAUGAUAAACGAAACCAGCGCCGUACCUCCUCCCCCUCCAGCCGUCAAGAAAUUCCCUGCUCCCGCUCCGGCCAAACCGCCAGUCGUGACCCCAACAGGUCCUGAAGGGGCAUUUCUCGUCGAGUUGAUGAUGUACAAUGGCUCACCCUUUAAAGACCAUUGGGCGUACUGGGUAUCCUCCCAUAUGAGCCCUGAAAUUGGUGUCGCGAUGGACGCAGCUGGUGACGUGCGGAGUGGUUUCGAGUUCCAGAUCAGACGCUGCCCCGAUUUAUCCGAUUCUUCGAACCAGCCAUGGAAAAUGGUUCCGUUGCAAUGGGUAGAUGGAAAGCAUUUCGACGAAACCAAGAUGCUGAAUGGUGGGGAGUUUAAAGUUGACACGGUUCCAGUCUGCGGUUUCGAAGCCAGCGCGCACAAAGUCGAGGUUCCGGAGAAGUCUUUGAACUCAGUUGAGGAAAUGGUGGAUACAAGCAAUGUUGGCAAGAAGAUCUCACAGCGGAAUUGUCAGACGUGGAUCGUCGAAUCCGCAGACCAGCUCGUUAAAGACGGUAUCUUUGACAAGGAGGUUGCAGCCUAUCUUCAAGCAGUCCGACAGUGAUUUGUUUUCGUCGACCGACUUGCUCCUUGUGCCUGAUUGCUACUACACUUGCUCCUCUCUAUGGUCUCUCUUAGCUCUUUCUCUACCGCGAGCGAUCGCGCCCAAAAUAGUUGAUUAAUCACUACUAGGAGCUCUGGAUAUAUUUGGCUGUGAGGUGUCCAGCGGGACAAUGACUGGUAUUCGAGAUUGGGCUCAAUAGGGAAACAUGGACCUGGCAGAAUACGAACAACACGCGUGGUUGGUCAAUAUACCUCCGGUGUUACUUUCUAUUCGGAUCCUCGUCUACUCCGGAGUAUUACCCCACAACAAACAGACUCAAGGAACAACUCAAAAUACCAUAUUCUGACCCAAUAAUACGAAAUGUAAUUUGACCGUU